UAAAAAUAAUGAGAAAAAAAGAGAAAGAUAAUUCAAAUUUGAGAUAAAGAGAGAAGGAGAUAAUAUUAUGUCAGCAUACCCAUUAUUUCAUUGAAUUAUUAUGCCACUUUAAUGUUUUUCCUAUUUAAAAAAAAUGCUGUUACGUUGGAUUCUGGACUCCUGAAUGUGAUUUUAUUAAAUAAAUAUAAUUUAAAAUUUUAAUUCAAUUAAAGAGUAAAUAAAAAAGUAAGCCGGCAUAGGGACCAACUCUCACUUUUUACUAGUUUGGUUAUUAGCAUGCCUAUUAUUAACAUACAGUCUGCUUAUUAGUACUUAUCAAGCACAUAUUCCUCAUAGUCUACAUCACUAAUCCUACUAAAUACCUAAACCUAACAAUACCUAAACCUAAACCUAGCAAAUUAGGAGUUUAUUGAGGCAAAAGUUGUAGUUAAGGAAUGUUAAUGGCAAAAAUUGGACAUGAAAUAAAGUGUGACCAAAAAGUGUUAUUUAAUGUAAAAUUAGAAUAAAAGAUCAGGAACAUCUCUUACACACUCCCAUGUAAUGAAUCAAAUAGAGGGACUCUCAAGAGAUUAGCAUAACUAGUCGUUUUUGCACCUGUCUUUCAUGUGGGCUUUUCUUUCUUGACCGAAGGGGGAUUCUUCCUCGAAACUGAUCUCUCUCUGUCUCUGACCUCAACCCUGCUCAGCUAGAAAAGGAAUUCCACACGUGUUUGCCUGCAGGAGUAAUGGUUUUAAAAGGGUGUGGAGCUAGCGAUGAGGUUUCCCAAAUCAGCCGGUUCAUAACAUUACUAAAUUCCCCACUGAUACCCACAAUGCAUUGACAGCCUCUGGGCAAAUUGAACACUGAUCUUCUCCUUAUGACACACAAAACACACUGACACACACAGGGCUGAUUAGGGCUAGCGGUAGCUUGUGAACCAUAAAGCUGAAUGAUGACAAGAGGUUACAGACAGACGGCUGGGAAAAUCUCCUCUUGCUUGCAUUAUACUUUAUACUAAGUGGCUGGAUUGAAUCCUCCUGUUUGACAUGACGUGCUUGUGCUUCUCGAAAGCAGAAGUGAGGCAAACAGACAGGCUAAGUGAUGGCAAGGCAUGUAUAUAAACAACUGGACAUCAAGGACACAGGAAGUUGAAUGCAAAAGCUUGCUAGAGGCUCUGCUUCAAUAAGUAAUGCAGAAUCAAAGAAUCGAGAGUCAAAGCGUUAUGUGAUCUCAAAUGUAAAGGGACCAGCAAAAUAUAUUAGGGUUUUUGUGGGAAAAUAAGAGCAGUCCAAAGAGAAGGAACGUGUCAAUUGAACUGUGUAGAAAGUAUUGUUUUUCUCACAUCAACCCCAACUCACAACCCCCACAUUUUUCGCUUCAUCCCGCCCUCGCUCUUCUGACACUCAACAUAAAAUCUCUGAAACAGAAAACAGUGUGCUGAGUCCUCAGGCAUCUGAUAAUGAUUAAUAAGAAAGUGAAGGCAUUUCAGGGAAGGAUACAACUCUGUAUCACUUCUUCUCCGUCCACUGCUGAAGGUCAAGACCAUGUCCACAUCCCAGAAUCACAUGACAAAAGAGAUAUCAUUUUAUAUGCUGUUAAUUGGAUAUAAAACAUCACUGUGAGUAAAAGACAAAUCCUAAACCCUUAUUACUGUAUGUCGAGACUGAACUCCACCCAAGGCUUGUUUUCAUAAUCUAAUCCACAAAUCACACCAUAGUCUCCUUAAAAAGAAAAAAAAAGAGUAAAGAAAAAAAUGCAGUCUACAGUAUAUAGGAAACAUUUCAAGAGUAAGACAUAAAUAAUGAUAAAGCACCAGUCUUUGGGACAAAAAGCAAAAAAAUGCAAGUGGGCAAGAGACCAAAAGAACACCCAGAACAUGGAAAAUCCCCCCGUUCCCAUGCCAAAAAUCCAGUGAAGAAAAAAAUGGAGCUCACCAGGGCCAAAACACUUCUGAGGUAGAGAGGGUACUGAAGGAAAAUAAUCUCUUUAGUCUUAUUAAAAACAGGAGUGGCUUUCUGAACUACUGUCAUCACUUCAUCUAUGGGUUUAUGUCUUUAUUAAAAAUCGUUAUGAGUCAGCUAUAGAAAAAAAUAACAGCUUAAUUAUUUAAUUCAAUUGUUUAAUCAAAUGAAUUUAAUUUAAACUCCAUUAAUUCAGAAUUACAUCGUAAUUUAUUUGUAGCAUUAGUGCUGAUCAUUUAUGACUACUAUUUUGAAGUCUGUGGCUAUGCUAUGCUAUUUUAGUGUGUUGCUAUUUUCAGUCCAGCAAGUAGCUGUGAGACUGCAGCGUGUGCAGACUUCUGUUUACAAGUCAAAUCCAAACACUGACUUGACGUCUAACUUUUUAGUUCAUGAACAGAGUAAUCUGGGUACGAACAGGCAGGAGAGAGGUGUUAUGGGGCCCCCUUGCAAUUUGGGUCAAAGCAGGGACGGAAGCGAAGAACACGUAGAAGAGUCCACUGGGAUUCUGAGAGUACGGGUUGAAGAGAGCGUUUUCACCAUAGACAGGGCCGUCCUGGGGCAGAACUGUGAGUAUUUCCGUGCUCUCUUCCGCUCUGGGAUGAAGGACAGUCAGCUGAACGAGUUCCACCUGCAGGGAGGCUUGAAAGCCAGGGGUUUCCUCAUCGCCAUGGCAGUUUCCAGGGGUGAGUGCCCUACUAUAGGAGACCCAGACGAGAUCGUGGAGGCUGCCGAGUGUGCGGCCUUCCUCCAAGUCGACGUCCUGGUCCAACACUUAAUAGACCUUCUAGAUACCGACAACUGCCUUCUCUUGUACCACACAGCAGCGGUGUACGGCUUGUGGAGGUUGUUUCACAGCGCUGCAGUGUUCAUUCGUGAUGCUUAUAGUGACGUGCAAGACGCUCUCGACGCACUUCCAGAAGAGCUGAUUUGCUACGUUGAGUCGCUUUCACCAGCAUCGUUUGUCGCUCUAGGGACUCAUUCGCCAUCCAUGAAGAUUCUGCAGGACUGCUACAGGACGGUGUUUUACCUCGAUGAGAAACCGGGUGCCUGGAAAUAUCUGACUGAUCUACCAACAGACGCCAGCACCUCUAUGGCCGGGGUGGCUGUUGUGGAGAACCGACUGUAUAUCGUCGGAGGAGUGCGAGGAGUUAGUAAGGAGACUGUAGAUCUGAGCUUCUGUUAUGACACAGAUUCCAACACUUGGGAUGCGUUUGAUGGUCCCCAGCAGUCUAGGUAUAACUUUACCCUGGUGGGUCACAACGGACAUUUGUACGCCAUCGGAGGUGAAUUUGACAAAAGGAUCAUGUCCUCGGUAGAAGUGUGUGAUGUUUCUACGGGCGCAUGGACAUUCUGCAAGCACGCACCUCGUUCGGUGGCUGCGGCGGCUAGUGCUGUUGCUAGGCGAAGGAUAUUUGUGUGUUUCUGGAAGCCACCGGAUACUACGGAUAUUUAUGAAUACGCACCUAAAAAUGACAAAUGGACACUGGUCACCACUAUGGUGAAGCCUCAGAGUUACGGGCACUGCAUGGUGGCUCAUGGCGACAACCUGUAUGUCAUGAGGAACGGCCCCUGUGAUGACUUCCUGCGCUGCCUCAUGGACUGCUACAACAUCACUACGGGUCAAUGGAUGGCCAUGCCAGGCCACUACGUCAAUAGCAGGGGCGCCCUCUUCACGGCUAUGGUGAGGGCGAACUCUGCAUUCACCGUCAACCGCAAUUUAACCCUGGAAUAUGUAAUUUGCGGUGACAAGUGGAAGCCUCGUAGACAGAUGACGGGUUUUCCAAAAAUUGGCUCGCUUUGGACUUGCUUACUCAGACUGCCUAAGAGCACAGAUGCACAGCAGGAACGCGAAGCAGAGGAAGCCCUGGAGAUGGACGCCAAUGUGGAAUUUGUGGAAGAGGAUUCAGUAGAGGCUAAUUAUCCACCUUAGGGAUUGCAGAUCAAUCUAUUUCAUUUGCACUCAUAAUUAAAGGAACAGUAUAUUUCUUUCUUCGGUUGAAGACAAAAUAAAUAGAUUUAAAAUGCACAGUACAGUGUUUCCAAUAUUCUUCAAAAUAUCUCAGUUUGUGUAAAAAAAAAAAAAAA